AUGCCUACUCUUACGACACAGUCUUACUUCCUCAAGCUCAAGCAGUUCAAGCUUCAGCGGAAGCACCACCGCUACGCCCACCACAUCCAGCUCCAGCUCACCUACUGCAGACACCAGCAGAAGCUCAUCUGCCAGCUUUUCGGGAAGCUCCUUGACCAGCAGCUCGGCGACUUCAUCUUCGAGCAGCACCAUCAGCAGCACUCUCGGCGGCAUCAGCAGCAGCAGCAGCAGCAGCAGCAGCACCUCCUUGCUCUCUCUCUCCUCGACCAGUGUGCCCACAAUCUCGGCUUCUAUCCUACAAAGCAACUCCUCAGCCGUCCUAAUUUCAACUUCCAGCUCUUUGACCAGCUCUCUCACCGCUCUCCCUCCGUCGUCGUCAUCCUCUUUUGUUGUAGUCUCGCCUACGUUGACUUCCGAUACAAGGGGAGUCUACGAUCCGUCCCUCAGUCUAGCCUCCCCUCGUCCGUCUACUACUCCAUCUACUACUCCAUCUGCUACUUCUUCAUCUACUACUUCUUCAUCUACUACUUCUUCAUCUACUACUUCUUCAUCUACUACUUCUUCAUCUACUACUUCUUCAUCUACUACUUCUUCAUCUACUACUUCUUCAUCUACUCCUCCAGCUACUACUCCGUCUACCACUCCGUCUAUUACUUCAUCUGGCAUCCCUUCGACGUCGUCGAGCUCCACAGGAUUGAGAUUUCUCCAACAUGUUCCAAGGCCGCUGGAGGUGUCUUGUCAGAUUCCACAUACUGUGACCGUUUUCCCAUCGCGAAGUAA